AUUUUGGCACUUACUUCACCUCUCCCUGGGUCUCCACUCCUGUCGGAAGAAGAUCAUUUGCUGUCUACAGAUCUUUAGUCAGCCUGGUGGCGGCUCCCCCGUGGGAGCUCAGUGAAUGCCCGAUGCCGACACUGCCCCUGUUCAGACUCCUUAUGAUGCUCUCAUCUUGUCCUGGGAACAACAGGUGUUGGGAUGUCAGAAGAAUGAAGUGACCAAAUGGAACUCUGAAGACUGAGUCAGCGGGAAAAGGAAUCCCUGGAUCUUCAAUGGCAGGAGAAAGAGCAACCAGAAGACCGAGAUGAAUUUUAACACUAUCCUAGAAGAGAUUCUUAUUAAAAGGUCCCAGCAGAAAAAGAAGACAUCACCCUUAAACUACAAAGAGAGACUUUUUGUGCUUACAAAAUCCAUGUUAACCUACUAUGAGGGUCGGGCAGAGAAAAAAUACAGAAAGGGAUUCAUUGAUGUUUCAAAAAUCAAGUGUGUGGAAAUAGUGAAGAAUGAUGAUGGUGUCAUCCCCUGUCAAAAUAAAUAUCCAUUCCAGGUUGUUCAUGAUGCUAACACACUUUAUGUUUUUGCACCUAGUCCACAAAGCAGGGACCGAUGGGUGAAGAAGUUAAAAGAAGAAAUAAAGAACAACAAUAAUAUCAUGAUUAAAUAUCAUCCCAAAUUUUGGACAGACGGAAGUUACCAGUGUUGUAGACAAACAGAAAAACUAGCGCCUGGAUGUGAAAAAUACAAUCUUUUUGAGAGCAGUAUAAGAAAAACACUGCCUCCAGCGCCAGAAACAAAGAAGAGAAGGCCUCCUCCACCGAUUCCCCCAGAAGAAGAAAAUACUGAAGAAAUAGUUGUGGCGAUGUAUGAUUUCCAAGCUACAGAAGCACAUGACCUCAGGUUAGAGAGAGGCCAAGAGUACAUCAUCCUGGAAAAGAAUGACAUCCAUUGGUGGAGAGCAAGAGAUAAGUAUGGGAGUGAAGGAUAUAUCCCAAGUAAUUAUGUCACAGGAAAGAAAUCGAACAACUUAGAUCAAUAUGAGUGGUAUUGCAGAAAUACCAACAGAAGCAAGGCGGAGCAGCUCCUCAGGGCGGAAGAUAAAGAAGGUGGUUUUAUGGUGAGAGACUCCAGUCAGCCAGGCUUGUACACAGUCUCCCUUUACACGAAGUUUGGGGGAGAAGGUUCAUCGGGUUUCAGGCAUUAUCACAUAAAGGAAACAGCAACAACCCCAAAGAAGUAUUACCUAGCAGAAAAGCAUGCCUUUGGGUCAAUUCCUGAGAUCAUCGAGUAUCACAAGCACAAUGCAGCAGGGCUUGUCACCAGGCUGCGGUACCCGGUUAGCACGAAGGGAAAGAACGCACCAACUACCGCGGGCUUCAGCUACGAGAAGUGGGAGAUUAACCCGUCAGAGCUGACCUUCAUGAGGGAGUUGGGGAGCGGACUGUUUGGAGUGGUGAGGCUUGGCAAGUGGCGAGCCCAGUACAAAGUGGCCAUCAAAGCUAUUCGGGAAGGUGCUAUGUGCGAGGAGGAUUUUAUUGAGGAGGCGAAAGUCAUGAUGAAGCUAACACACCCCAAGCUGGUGCAGCUCUAUGGCGUAUGCACCCAGCAGAAGCCCAUCUACAUCGUUACUGAGUUCAUGGAGCGGGGCUGCCUUCUGAACUUCCUCCGACAGAGACAAGGCCAUUUCAGUAGAGAUGUGCUGCUGAGCAUGUGCCAGGAUGUGUGUGAAGGGAUGGAGUAUCUGGAGAGAAACAGCUUCAUCCACAGAGACCUGGCUGCCAGAAAUUGUCUAGUGAAUGAAGCAGGAGUUGUCAAAGUAUCUGAUUUUGGAAUGGCCAGGUAUGUUCUGGAUGACCAGUACACAAGUUCCUCUGGUGCCAAGUUCCCUGUGAAGUGGUGUCCCCCGGAAGUGUUUAAUUACAGCCGCUUUAGCAGCAAGUCUGAUGUCUGGUCGUUCGGUGUUCUAAUGUGGGAAGUGUUCACGGAAGGCAGGAUGCCCUUUGAGAAGAACACCAACUACGAAGUGGUAACCAUGGUUACUCGAGGCCACCGACUCCACCGGCCGACUUUGGCAUCCAAAUAUUUAUAUGAGGUGAUGCUGAGAUGCUGGCAUGAGAAACCGGAGGGAAGGCCUUCGUUUGAAGAUUUGCUGCGUACGAUAGAUGAACUAGUCGAAUGUGAAGAAACUUUUGGAAGAUAAAGAGUGGCCCCAGUUUCCACGGCAAGAAGAAAUGGCACGCCCUUGGAACGUAGUGCCCUUGGCACCUGGGAGUAGAGACUGCUCUACUUAGCAAUGUGGGAACUGCAAAGUAUUUGCCUUUGAUCCAGCCUUAGUCUGUGGCUGCUUUGUAGGCUGCAGAAAUGGUCUCUGAGACCUGGUGACCUGAAGCACUCACUUUGCUCAUUCCUUUAAGAGUUUGAAUGCCAACUGUGCCCAGGUCUCAGGGUUUGCCCAUUUUGGAGAUGAACACGGGGUUACGUUAGUUGGCGUUCGUAGAAAGCCAGGCUAUUUGAGGUGGGGAAGAGCCAUGUCCCAGAAAUUCUAUGACCUUUGGCUUCUACAAAAACCCGAGUCUGGGAUGUUGUCUAUAUCUGAGUUCUAGGUAAAGCAGGAACCCGCCUGGAUAAGUAGUAAUCCUCUGUUUUGAAAACAUCUCUUUCCAUACUUGUUCUUAAUAGUACAUUUAAAAUUUUAUAUUCUGUAUAUAUUGUAAAUACAUAUAGUAUAUAAAGUUAUAUAUUUAUAAGAAA